AUGCGGACCUUCCUUCGCUUUGUGCAUUGCUACUGCUGCUGCUUCUUGCUCCUCCUGCCUCCGCCGCUCUGGGUCAGCCUCGCAGCGGCUAAGCAGCUCCUGAAGUACCGGCUGGCCGAGGAGGGACCCGCCGACAUUCGCAUCGGCAACGUGGCUUCCGACUUGGGGAUCGUGACAGGCUCCGGAGAGGUGACAUUCAGCCUGGAGUCGGGCUCCGACUAUCUCAAGAUCGAUAACAUGACCGGGGAGCUGAGCACCACAGAGCGGCGCAUCGACCGCGAAAAGCUGCCGCAGUGCCAGAUGAUCUUCGACGAGAACGAGUGCUUCUUGGACUUCGAGGUGUCGGUCAUCGGCCCCUCGCAGAGCUGGGUGGACCUCUUCGAGGGCCGGGUCAUCAUCCUGGACAUCAACGACAACACCCCCACCUUCCCUUCCCCCGUCCUCACGCUCACCGUGGAGGAGAACCGGCCCGUGGGGACCCUCUACCUGCUCCCCACUGCCACCGACAGGGACUUCGGCCGCAACGGCAUCGAGCGCUACGAGCUGCUGCAGGAGCCCGGCGGGGACGGCGGCCGGCGCGGCGGCGGGGGCGGCUCGGCCGCGGCGGCCCCGGAGAGCGCCCCCUUCCCCGGCGGCAGCAAGCGGCGGCAGGAGGCGGAGGCGGCGGCCCGCAGCAGCGUCUUCGAGCUGCAGGUGGCCGACACCCUGGACGGGGAGAAGCAGCCGCAGCUGAUCGUCAAGGGGGCGCUGGACCGGGAGCAGCGGGACUCCUACGAGCUCAGCCUCCGCGUGCGGGACGGCGGCGACCCGGCCCGGUCCUCGCAGGCCAUCCUGAGGGUGCUGAUCACCGACGUGAACGACAACAGCCCCCGCUUCGAGAAGAGCGUCUAUGAGGCGGACCUGGCGGAGAACAGCAGCCCUGGGACCCCGAUCCUGCAGCUGCGAGCCACCGACCUGGACGUGGGGGUGAAUGGACAGAUCGAGUACGUCUUCGGGGCGGCCACUGAGUCCGUCAGGCGCCUACUGCGGCUGGAUGAGAACUCGGGCUGGCUCAGCGUCUUGCACCGCAUCGACCGGGAGGAGGUGAACCAGCUUCGCUUCACUGUCAUGGCCCGAGACCGAGGCCAGCCCCCCAAGACAGACAAGGCCACUGUCGUGCUGAACAUCCGGGAUGAAAAUGACAACGUGCCCACCAUCGACAUCCGGAAAAUCGGGCGCAUCCCGCUCCGGGACGGGGUGGCAAGCGUGGCCGAGGAUGUGCUGGUGGACACCCCCAUUGCCUUGGUGCAGGUGUCAGACCGGGACCAAGGUGAAAAUGGUGUGGUGACCUGCACUGUGGUGGGCGAUGUGCCCUUCCAGCUCAAACCGGCCAGUGAGGGUGAAGGGGAGCCACAGAAUAAGCGCAAGUAUUUCCUCCACACCUCGGCCCCUCUGGAUUAUGAAGCUGUCCGUGACUACAACGUGGUGAUUGUGGCUGUGGACUCAGGCAGCCCCAGCUUGUCCAGCAACAACUCCUUGCUGGUGCGGGUUGGGGACACUAAUGAUAACCCUCCCAUGUUCAGCCAGGCUGUGCUGGAGGUCUCCUUUCCAGAGAACAACUUGCCUGGAGAGAGGGUGGCCACAGUGGUUGCCACAGAUGCGGACAGUGGCAAGAAUGCUGAGAUCACCUAUUCCUUGGAGGCCUCACCCCUCUCCUCAGAGGCACCGGGCAGCAUCUUCAGCAUUGACCCUGACUCUGGGGAUGUGUCAGUGCAGGCAGUGCUGGACCGUGAGCAACGGGACACCUAUGAAUUUCAGGUGACGGCCCGGGACAAGGGGGUGCCAUCGCUGCAGGGCUCCACCACAGUGGUGGUGCGAGUGUCAGACCGCAAUGACAAUGAGCCACGCUUCAUGCAGGAUGUGUUCACCUUCUAUGUGAAAGAAAACCUGCAGCCCAACAGCCCCGUGGGCAUGGUGACUGUGAUGGACUUUGACAAGGGCCGCAAUGCCGAGCUCAGCCUCUCCAUUCAGCCUGGAGACCACGAACAGGCAGCCGGCAUCUUCUCCAUCGAGAAUGACACUGGAACCAUUUUCUCCACUGUCUCUUUUGACCGUGAGCAGCAGACCAGCUACACCUUUAAGGUGAAGGCAGUGGAUGGGGGUGAGCCACCACGGUCUGCCACAGCCACCGUGUCUCUCUUUGUGAUGGAUGAGAACGACAAUGCACCCACUGUCACCUUCCCCAGCAACAGCUCCUACACUGUGCUGCCACCCUCCAGCAACAUGCGCACUGUGGUGGCCACAGUGGUCGCCACUGAUGCUGACACAGGUCUCAACGCUGACCUCAAUUACAGCAUUGUUGGGGGCAACCCAUUCAAACUCUUUGAAAUAGACCCGGCCAGUGGUGUGGUGUCACUGGUGGGCAAGUUGGCCCCCAAGCACUAUGGCCUGCACCGCCUGGUUGUGCAGGUGAAUGACAGUGGGCAGCCACCCCAGUCCACCACUGCCCUGCUCCAUGUCUUUGUCAAUGAGAGCCUGUCCAAUGCCACUGUGGUGGAGAGCCAGGUGGCCCGCAGCCUUCACACCCCACUGGCCCAGGACAUUGCUGGUGAUCCCAGCUAUGAGCUGAGCAAGCAGCGGCUCAGCAUAGUCAUUGGUGUGGUGGCUGGCAUCAUGACCGUCAUCCUGCUUAUCCUCGUGGUGGUCAUGGCCCGCUACUGCCGAUCCAAGGGCAAGCACGGCUACGAGGCCGGCAAGAAGGACCAUGAGGAUUUCUUCACCCCCCAGCAGCAUGACAAGGCCAAGAAGCCCAAGAAGGACAAGAAAGGCAAGAAGGGCAAGCAGCCCCUCUACAGCAGCAUUGUUACUGUUGAGGCUUCCAAGCCCAAUGGGCAGCGCUACGACAGUGUGAACGAGAAGCUCUCGGACAGCCCUGGCAUGGGCCGAUAUCGCUCGGUCAAUGGCGGCCCAGGCAGCCCUGACCUGGCCAGGCACUACAAGUCGAGCUCACCGCUGCCCACUGUCCAGCUGCACCCACAGUCCCCCACUGCUGGCAAAAAGCACCAGGCCGUGCAGGACCUGCCCCCAGCAAACACCUUCGUGGGCGCUGGUGACAACAUCUCCAUCGGCUCGGACCAUUGCUCCGAGUACAGCUGCCAGGCCAGCAGCAAGUACAGCAAGCAGCCGUUUCGUAGAGUGACGUUUUCUGUUGUGAGUCAGCCUCAGGACCCGCAUCAAGGGUCAUUGCAGAGUUGCUAUGACAGCGGUCUGGAGGAGUCAGAAACACCAAGCAGUAAGAGUUCAUCAGGGCCAAGACUGGGUGCCCUUCCACUCCCAGAGGACAACUACGAAAGGACUACGCCGGAUGGCAGUGUUGGUGAGGCAGAGCAUAUGGAAAAUGAUUCACGGCCUCUACCAGAUGUAGCCCUAACAGGGAAGUGCACCCGAGAAUGUGAUGAAUAUGGCCACUCAGACUCCUGCUGGAUGCCAGUCCGCACUUCUCCGGAGAGAAAGCAGAAGAGCCAGCCAAAACUCUCCACUUUCAUGCCUGUUGAUGAACGGGGCAGUCAGGAAAAGCUGGCCAAUGGAGAAGCCUCCCUCAUGGGUGACCGCAACAGAAACCUCCUUAACAAAAAGUUGACCUCAUCCUAUGAGACCUUCAGCGCAGCUAGUUUCAGCAAAAAUGAAGAAGGCAACCCAGAGGAUAUCCCCCUUACACAGACAGGGGAAUACAAGCCAUCUCCUGUCAAUACUCUAACUAGAAGAGAAGUUUACCUGUAGGCUAAAAAGCAGCAACAAAGUUCUUUCAUAAUAUAAGAAAGAAAUGGGGCAAAAGUCUUAAAAUUACAACAAUUUUAAGAAAAAAUGUGAAACAAUAACGAGGGGGCCACCAAAGAGACAAAAGAUCUGCCUGCCACUUCUGCCUCCAUAGCAGGCAUGUAAUUAUGCUGUCUGCCUGACUAUACUGUACAAUGUAGAAAACAUUGCUGUUACUUGCAUGUCUAAUUCCCCCUCGCUGAUUUUUAUUUUCCUAGAUCUAUGGUUGCAAAUUCCUCCCAUAGUAGCAAGCUUGAUUAAAAAGAACACGACACACUGUUGUUUCCCCUCUGCAGAAGCAUGAAUUAAGCCACUCAUUUUGUUUGUUUGUCAUCUGGCUUGUUAAGGAUAACAGGUCAGGGAAAAUGUAUUCAAAACAUACCAUCUGAAUAUUGCUGAUCCCCAUCAGGGACUAUCCUUCAGAAACCAUAAAGAUAUAGGAUAAAUAUAAAGGAAUAAUCAUUAAUAGGCACUUUGUGAAGACCACAGCUUUAAUAUUCUCACCUCUCAUCUGAGGCUGGAAGCAACAGAAAUACAUUCAGCCUGAGACUGCAGUCAAAAACAUGGCAUACUUUCCCGUGAUUCAUGGACUCUGGUUCUGUUUUAUCCAUUGAAAAAACCUGUCUUGCUGUGUCUCUUUCUCUUUCUCUCUUGUUCUCUGUAAUGAUUAUUUCAAUGUAAACACGAUUACUAACACUUAUACCAUAGGAUAGCAAUGAUAAACUCUUGAAAUAAUUAUUUUGGGCAAGACUAACAUUUAGCUGGGAAGAUUGUAAUAACAAAAAGGCCAAAGAUCACACAAUGGAUCAGGGGAACUGCUAAGUAUUGGGGCUUGACUCAGAAAAUAAAUGUAUUCACAAAAAACCACAUGCACUCAUAACAAAGUUUCAGUUACAUUCUAUGCAGCAGCACAGUUCACAAGCCCAGAUGACAAUUUUUUUUUCCAGUGUGGUUCAGUUGAAUGCCCAAAGGAACUGAUGCUUUUUUUGUAAUGACAUGAUACAUUGCAGCACAUGCUGCAUAUGAUAUGCUGCAUAUGCUAGUUCCAGGGAAUUUUUAAGAUCAAAAUUAAAAACUAAUAGUAGAAGAGAAAGCCAUGUUAGUGGGAAUGCUUGAUGAGAGGGAAAAAUGUGGACAAUGGGAUAAUGCAGUAACAAGAGGACAUUACAACUCAGAUAUAAAAGCUUCUGUUCAGAUUGCAAGGCAUGGUUGCUAAGUCUGGUCAUCAGUGUUGCAGCUUAUCAACUGCUUCAAUUAUGUCAAAGAUGAUGAUAAUGAAAGCUUUCUUGAAACCAAGUGCAUUAAAACCAAGAAAAGUGCAAUACUAAAUGAUAUCAAGACUCAGAACAUUUAGCAUUAGUACAAAAUGGCCUGAUAAACAGUGGUAUGAUACCUAGAAGGUCAAGAGGAGUUAAAAAGAGUCCAAGUUAUGAUGUGCAAGAGCUGUAACAAUUAUCAUGGUGAUUGCUUCUUGAAAGGAAGAGGAAAUGAAACAGGGUUUUGUGCAAUAAAAGCAACAAAACAUGCAGAACAUCAACCAAUUGCUUUGUAGUUGAUGCUGUAUUAAUAAUCACAGACUGAGCUCAGACAUUCAGACAAAUGUGACAAUCAAACAACACAGCAAGGACAGCUCAAGGAUGGAGAAAGCAUUCAGAUUCCUGGCUGUUGAAAUGGUGUGAAGGCAUGGCUAGAUGGCUCUCUAGUAACUGUACUCAUAAUGUAGCUUUGGGUAGUUUCUUGCUUUGAAGAAUUGCAUAAAAAUAACCUUAAAAAGCCUAAGGUAGAGGUUGGAAAAUCAAAACAACUCAUCACAUUUAUCUUUUGAAUUCACUUCUCCAUAUUAUGGGUUGUGCCAUUAUUGGCCUUUUCAUUCUCCUCUCUAAAGUUUACUUUCUUCAAGUAACAUUAGUUUAGUGUGUAUAGUAGUUAUGAUGAAUGGGCACAUUUUAGAAAGAAAAUAUUAAAAUCAAAGAUUAUUAACGAUUGAACAUUUUUAUGUUUAAUUAUUUAAGUAAUACGGGGAGAUGCAAGCUAGUACUUUGUUAUGAGACUGCGUAUAGCAGUUACUGCUUUGUAUAAUCUGUAAGUAUCUGUUUAAAAAUGCUUCUAAAAAUGCUUAUGUAAUGUAAACACAUUUUUCUUGCACGUUUCAAAAGAAUACACGAUUGCAUAACACAAAUGUUCAACAGAACUUCCUUUAAUAGGAUUUUAUUUAAUAUUACACACAAGAAAAUAAAUUAGGUAGCUGGGUUCCAUAUAUUCUUAGACACUUUUUCUACAAGGCUAAUAAUACAGGUCAUAAUAGACCUUCAGAUUAAAUGGAUCAGCAGUCACUUACCAAUUUUUGCACCACAUAAGACAGUCAUGAAAUAAUUUUCUUGUGUGCAUCUCCUUAGAUCUAAAAUGCGUGAAAAAAUUUUUUAAAAAUUCUAUCUACUGUAAGUAUUCACAGUAAUUCUUGUGGAACUAGCCACUAUUAAUAUGCUGAUUACUCUUCUGACCUGGCAUGACAUACAAAUAUAUUUUGUGUUUGUAUUUUUCCUCUUUAUUUGAAAUAGGUUAAAUCUGGUGCCACUCCAUAAAUAGAGUGCUUUUGUAUAAAAAAUAAACAAAUAAAGCUAUAAAAAUAAUUAGGGUGAAUGCAAAAUAUGCAACUGUGCCUUUUAUACCUAUUAUUAUGGUAAAGUGGUAGUUGGGUUUGGACACUGAGGGGUAAGGGGCUAUUCCCAACUUUUUUGAACCUGUAUAUUUACCUGUGUUUAUUUUCUGAGAAAUUAUAAAUAAUAUAUUUAAAAACAAGCCUUUUGCCAAACUCAGUUAAUGGACCAGUCUUAAGCAUUAUUAACACAAGGCUGUGGUUUAAGUAGGUCUUGAGGAUUUUUUUAAUUACUAUUUGUGUGGGUUUGGGGUUGUUUUAAUUUGUUUUUACUUCUGCUGCCUGGAAAAGUAUGAUCAGUCUAUAUGAUAGUUAUUUAGCAAGGUGUCACCAGUUCAUGUUGCCAGGAAAAUUGACAACUUUUUUAAUAGCUUUUAGCCUUCAUCACAUUUUAUUUGUACAGUAUAGAAAUCAUCUUUUUCUUUCCUUCCAUGGGAAACUCAAAUGAGCUUUGCAUGUAUUUUACAUUAGGGCACCUUUAUAGAUUGAUGCGUUAAUAUAUAACUUUAUAUGUAUUAGAAAGUUCAAUAGCUUUGGUCUAAAAUCUAAGGCUUAUUCCAGAUCUCAGACCCACUAUGUUUAUUGAAUAUGGUUUCUGACUGGCCUGCUGCCUGAGUUUCAGGAGAAAAAGUUAAACAUUAUUUUUAUGUGGGGGAAAAACUUAAAUGGGAUUGAAAUGAUUGGCUGAAAGGCUACCCUAGAAGUUGUCAAAGCAGAAAAAUCAUGAAUAUGGAUAAAGAUCUUGCCAGAAAUCCAGCCGUCACCAAAUACUUGUAAGGAAGUUGAACAACGAAAUGUUUUUCUUUCUGUUUGAUUGGUGAUAAAUACACAGAGUUUCCUUAAGAAAGAAGUAGAUGAAAAAGCAAUAGAAAUGAAAGCCCAUCUGUUAAGUUGUAUUACUGACUGAAAGAGUGUAAGCACUAGGAAGAAGACAAUAUUCACCAGCUACCUGGGGUAUGCUUUCAGACAACUUUUCCUAAAUUUUAAAGCACUUGCAUUCAGUGUGGUACGAUCUGUUUGUAAUAAUAAUCAUUGACUAUUGUUCUGCAACUUGGAUGUUGAUAGUGAAGCAGAGAACAAUUUAUCAUUGUUUAUUAUGAGUCACUAUGCACGCAACUAUGCUAAACAUGGCAAAAUGUAUUAAACGCUAGUCCACCUCUAUUUAUGAAAUAUUUACAUAAUUUAAUUUGCUUUUGUACAGUUUUAUGUAAAUAAAUUGCUUGUCAUUUUUGUCUCUGCAAAUUAAAAUAUAACAUGUUCAACUGGU